AAUUCACCACUUUUGUCCCCCUUUUUGUUUUGCAAAACAACAACAUGAUGCCUACAAUUUCCUUUAAUUCUCUCCCUAAAGAAAUCAUCAAUAACCUUCAUUAUUCUAGAAGAUUACUACUUCACCCCUCAUUUCAACAACACUCACCACCAACAACCUCACAAGCACCAACACCUACAUACGAAGUUCUAGAAGACCCGACGGGCCGUGGAAAACCCGGCUAUGAUGCUAACAUAAUUAUGAUCUUUGCCGUCUUGGUAUUCGCGCUAAUCUGUUCAUUAUGCAUAAACACCUUCAUUAGGUGUGUACUUAAGUGGUCAAGCAUGAUUACCGGGGAGCCUAAUUACUACCUAAACAUGGUUAGCCGUAGUGGUCAUAAGAAAAGAGUUAGUAAUGGUUUGGACAAAAGGGCAUUAAAGACAUUUCCGGUGGUUAAGUACUCAAAUGAGGUUAAGAUUCAAGGGUUAGGUACAGAGUGUGUGAUAUGCUUAUGUGAGUUUAAGGGAGGGGAGAAAGUUAGGAUUUUACCAAAAUGCCACCAUGGGUUCCAUGUUAAAUGCAUUGAUGAAUGGCUUAGUGCUCACUCCUCUUGCCCUACUUGUAGACAAUCAUUAGUUGAAACGUGUCAAAAGAUCAUUGGAUGUGGUGGUGAUCAUCAAACAACAACAUCAUCAACAACAACAACAAUAUCAUCAACAACAACAUCAACUAUAGAGGUGGUGAUUGUAAGUAUUGUGCCACUAGAAAGGGAAGAUUUGGUGAGAAAUUAUAGAGGGGAAGUUGCUCAACGAUAGCAAAUAAGUUGCUCAAAAUUGUUUUUUUUUUUGUAGAGUUAAUUAUUCAAUUUUGUUGAUUGUUCAUCUUGCAAUUAAGUGUAUAAAAAAAGAGA